AUGAAAAUUAACACCAUAUACCAUAAGCCAGAAGAAAUUUGUAAGGAGAGGAAAAAGGAUGUUGAGUAUGUGAGCUUUGCCAAGGAUGAAGUCUACCAUCCGUUUAUGAGGGAAAGGGAGUUUGUGAGGGCACUUAAUGCAACUAAGAUUGAAAGGAUGCUAAGUAAGCCAUUCGUCACUGCACUGUCCUACCACAAGGAAGGGAUACAUGUGCUUGCAAGGCAUUUUCAGCAGGCCUUAUUUGCAUCUGGAAGUUUCGACAACCAGGUGGUUUUAUGGGAUAUGGACCAGAAAAGUGCCCUUAAGAGAUUUGAGUGCAACAGUUCGAUAAAAGGGCUUGGAAUGGACAUUGAAGGAAAUUUAUAUGCUGGGCAGGAAAAAACGGUUAAGAAGCUGGGAGACGAGCAAACGUAUCGCUGUGAUUCUGAGGUGGUAGGGCUAGACAUAAUGGGAACGCUGAAUGUAGGGACCACCAAGGGUGUAGAGAUAUUUGACAUUGAAAGAGACUUUUCAAAACAGCAGAUAGGCACAAGGUAUCCCUUAUGCAUAAGCACUAGUCCUGUGCUAACAAACAUAAUAGGAGUUGGAGAGCAAGGAGGCCUUUCAUUAUUUGACAUCAGGAUUGGAAAGGUGAUCCAUUCUGUAACUGUGGGGAGUAGGACUAAUGAUAUAUCAUUUAGUCCGAUGGAUGGACAUAUAUUUGUAUCAGGAAAUGAAGACUUCUGUGCCUAUCUCCAUGAUAUAAGAUAUCUCGACGAGCCCAGUGGAAUAUAUAGAGGACAUGGAAAUGCAGUUGUCUCUGUGGAAUUCAAUCCUUCAGGGACUGAGAUAGCAACUGGGAGCUUCGAUAAAACAAUCAGAAUCUUCGAUGUCAAUGAAAGGAAGAGUAGAGACACAUACUAUAACAAGAGAAUGCACAAUGUAUUUGGCGUGAAGUAUUCCCACGACUCCCAAUUUAUUGUUUCAGGAAGUGACGACGGGUCGAUAAGAGUGUGGAAGAGCUAUGCUUCAAAAAAGUUGGGAGCAUUGAGCAAGAGAGAAAAAGAAGCCCUUAGGUAUUCUGAGGCACUGAGGGAAAAAUACAAGGAGGUUGGGGAAAUAAGCAGAAUAUCUAAGCAUAGAUUCUUACCCAAGCCGCUGAAGAAUACGCUCAAGAGAAUUCAUGAGUCCUAUAAAGCUACAGAGAGGAAGAGGAAGGCCAGGGAAUCUGAAAUAAAGGAUUUAUAG